ACACACAGUCACUGCUCCGGUGACAAAUGAGAAGCUUUGUUCCGGUGACGAUCAGAUUUGUGGAUGAGUACAACAACAAGUGUCGGAAUUUGGCUGAAUCUUGGUGAUCAAGCAAGUUUUUUGUAUAAGAACACCAAGAUCCCAGUUUGGAAUCGUCAAGCGAGUGAAAUAUCAAAACUUUCAAAUCGUAUCUCAAUGUUGAGGACAGUGUCUCUUGCUCGGAACCGUCUUAGGUCCGAAACGCCAUCAUCGUUUCUUGCUCGGAACCAUCUUAGGUCUAAAACGCCAUCAUCGUCUCCGUUUUCUUCGAAGCGGCAUGCGCCUAAAACGAGCGAAGUAGAAGAAGAGUCGACUCCAAAAGAUUCAGUUUUGUUAAACCCUAAAGAUCCAUCAAGCCCACCUAAGCUCUUCCUUGUUCAGCCUCGUCUAGCACCGCCUAAGUUACUACAGGCGAAGCUGAAUGAAGCGCUUUGUCUCGCGAAUUCGCUUGAAGAGCAACGAUAUGGGUACUUUGAAUCUGAUUUCUUCGACAAGGAAUUGCCUUCUCAUGUUGUUGUUCAAAACCCUGUUCGUAGAUCGUCUAAACCUCGCGUAGAUACUUAUUUCGGAGCUGGGACUGUAGACAACAUUAAAUGCCACCUCAAUGCUGAAGAUUCCAAGGAAGAAGUUGAUGCUGUUUUUGUAAACGCCAUUUUGACAGCUAUUCAACAACGGAAUUUAGAGCGAAUAUGGGCAAAACCUGUCCUAGACCGUGUAGGCCUCAUAAUUGAAAUAUUUAAUGCUCAUGCGCAUACGAAGGAAGCAAAACUACAGGCAGAGUUAGCAGCUCUGAUGUACAAUAAGAGCAGGCUGGUUCGAGUGCGUGGUACUGAUGGACGUCACACUUUUGGGCAGUUUGGAGAAGCUGAAGUUGUCAGUGCCCGAGGGAGAGCAGGAAGCAAGGGAACCGGCGGCGGUUUUGUAGGUGGUGCAGGAGAAACUGAGCUUCAGCUUCAACGCCGAAGAAUAUCAGACCGGAGGCUUCGUUUGUUAUCCCAAAUUAAAGAAGCCCAGCGAACACGGCUAUUGCAGCGUGCUGGACGUAAUAAAAGAGUGGGAUUAGAGGGGGAGAGUUCAGGUACCAUUGCUGUUGUUGGUUACACAAAUGCUGGAAAAUCGACUCUGAUAAGUGCAUUAACAAAGACUGCUCUCUACUGCAAUGAGCGAUUGUUUGCCACAUUAGAUCCUACACUCAAGAGUGCCCAUCUUCCUUCUGGAAAGUUUGUGCUUCUUAGUGACACUGUUGGAUUCAUAUCAGAUCUGCCUAUACAGCUGGUGAAAGCAUUUCAAUCGACUCUGGAAGAAGUUGUUGAAGCUGAUAUACUUCUGCAUGUAGUUGAUUCGACAGCUCCAAAUAUCGAGGAGCAUCGUUCAACAGUGUUUCAUAUCCUUAAGCAAAUUGGAGUAUCUGAAGAGAAGCUUCAAAAUAUGAUUGAAGUCUGGAAUAAGAUUGAUUAUGAAGAAGAAGAAGAAGUGGGGGACGCGAAAUAUCUAGAUGAUGGCGAAGGAGAAGAAGAAGAAGCUGAUUUAAAAGCUGAAGAAACUGUUGAUGCAUCUAUAGCAGCAGUUAAUGAAGACCAAAUCCAAAACCAAGACAAUGACUCUGAUGGGUGGCUAUUGUCUGAAGAUGAAAAUGCUGACGACUCUGAGCUCUGGAAGGUUCCAGAAGUUGCUAAAGUAGAUGCUGCACAGAAGAAAGGACCAGAUGUUAGAGUUUCUGCAUUAACCGGAGUUGGUUUGAAGGAGUUGCUGUAUCUUAUUGAUGACAAAAUGAAAGUUGAAGAAGAGAAGAAGCUCAAGUCUCAGACAGUAGUCGAAAGGAGUGAUCUUCAUAAGCGUAAAUGGAGACCACCUCGUAACGAUGAUGAUGAAGAGGUGAGAGUAAUCCCGUUAGAUCAACGGUGAUAAUAUAAGAAGAAACGAAACAAUAGUUUUGUUACUGUACCACGGAACCAGAGAAACGCAUGUCGUUUUAAAAUUUCGUAGUAUAAAUAAAACGGCAAGAAGUUUGUUGAUGUU